GGGACCUCUAACGGGAGAGUUGGCCUCCUCCCCGCCCCUCCCGGAGGGUUGGUGUGGAAAUUGAUGCCUGAGGAGGGGACAAAGCCGGCUGCGGCCUGUGGCGUUCCCCAGGCCUUGGGCCUGGAACCGCGCGCACGGUCGCCGAGCCUCGGUACCUGGACCUGACUGGAAGCGAAGCAGUUACCUUGAAAUGGCUUUCUGACCUUUAGGCACCUGGAGACUGGCCUUCUGGUCUUGGGACCCGAACAGGGGGCGUUCCGGAGAGGGGAAGAGGGAUGGAGGCGAGAACCGCGGGGGUUAGGAUCAAGCAGAGCCGCGCGCGUGGAUUUCUUGGUUCCCAUCACAGUGAUUCCUGGAGGCUGUAGAGGGCAGGGCCCUAAGGGAUGCCUCCAAGACGAAGGCUGAAGCUGCGACCCUGCAGCAACUAGGUGAUAGAAAAAAUGAAGCCAACAGGUACAGACCCAAGGAUCUUAUCUUUAGCUGCUGAAGUCGCAAAAAGUCCUGAACAAAAUGUCCCUGUUAUAUUGUUGAAGUUAAAAGAAAUAAUAAACAACACCCCUUUGGGAAGCUCAGAGUUGAAGAAAAUUAAACAAGAUAUAUAUUGUUAUGACCUCAUUCAGUAUUGCCUCUUGGUCCUCAGUCAAGAUUGUUCUCGAAUCCAGGGUGGUUGGACUACAAUUUCCCAGCUUACACAAAUACUAAGCCAGUGCUGUGUGGGAUUAGAUCCGGGAGAAGAUGCAGAGGAAUUUUACAAGGAAUUGCUUCCAUCAGCUGCCGAAAAUUUUCUUGUCUUGGGGCGACAAUUGCAAACAUGUUUCAUCAAUGCAAUCAAGGAUGAAGAGAAAGAUAACUUAUUACAUUUUUUCCAAAUUCUGACUGAUUCUCUCUUCUGGCUAUUGGGAGGUCAUAUUCAACUCAUCCAGAAUGUACUGCAGAGCGACCAUUUGUUACACUUACUACAAACUGACAAUGUUCAAAUAGGAUCUAUAGUCAUGACUCUGCUACAGAAUAUACUGCAGAUCAACAGUUGUGAUUUACUCAAAAUAGAAAGAAAGACCCUGCAUUCUAUUUUAGAUGAAGUUCUUUUCAAGCUUUUAUCAACUCCUAGUCCAUCCAUAAAACAUACUGCCACAAAGCUUCUACUGGUGAUGGCCGAAUCCCAUCAGGAAAUUCUGAUUUUACUGAGACUAAGUGCCUGCUACAAAGGACUUAGAAGUCUACUAAAUAAACAAGAAACUGUUACAGAAUUUAGUCAAGAACUUAAACAGCUUGUUGGUCUUUUAAGCCCUAAGAUCCAGCAGGAAGUAGAAGAACAGAAACUACAUAAAGCAGCUUGCUUGAUUCAAGCUUAUUGGAAGGGUUUCCAGACGAGAAAGAGAUUAAAGACGCUUCCAUCUGCUGUGAUUGCUUUGCAGAGGAGUUUCAGAUCUAAACGAACAAAGACAUUAUUGGAGCUAAAUAGACAGAAGGAAGAAGAAGACCUCAGGUUAAGAUUGCAGCUUCACAGACAGCGAGCCAUGAGAAUUUUGCGAGAAUUACGCCUGAGUAUGCUUGAAAUAGUUCAUCCAGGUCAAAUGGAAAAGUACAAUAGGGAAAUGGAAGAGAAAUCAGCAUUGAUUAUCCAGAAACAUUGGAGAGGGUACAGGGAAAGGAAGAAGUUUCACCAACAGAGGCCAUCUCUCACCGAGUAUAAAGCAGCUGUCACACUUCAGAGAGCAGUUCUUAAAUUCCUAGCAAAGCGCCAUAAGAAAAAGAAACUAUUUGCUUCUUGGCACGAACUCCAAGGACUCACCGAUGCACGCAGAGUUGAACUGAAGCAACAAGUAGAUGACUAUGUCAGAAGGCAUCCGGGCUCUCAGAUGUCAGAGGUGGCCAGCAGAGAGCUCCAUGCCCAAGCUCAAGAACAACUGCAGCACUACUUUAUGGGUAGAACCUUAGAAGAACGAGCCCAGCAACAUAGAGAAGCUCUGAUGGCUCAGAUCAGCACCAAUAUUGAACAGUUAAUGAAGGCACCAAGUCUGAAGGAGACAGAAGGAAAAGAACCUGAGCACUUCCUAAGUAGAUCCAGGCCUGUGGCAGCCAAGGCCAAGCAGGCUCAUCUCACCACCCUGAAGCACAUACAAGCACCCUGGUGGAAGAAGCUUGGGGAAGAACCAGGCGAUGACAUUGAUGUUUCAAAGGAUGAACUUAGUCUGGAAUUAGAAACUUUGUUUAUUGGUGGAAUCAAACCCCCCUAGAGACUUAACUUGAAGAUUGGCAAUCUUACAUUAAGAAAUUAUGUUGGUUCUCUUUCUGGCAUGCUGAUAGACUAGGGCUAUUGUAACUUAAUGGCUUUACAGAGGAUUCUCUUCAUACAACAUU